AUGCUAUAUAAACCCAUGAGAUCCAGAACCAGGAGUCACCAAGGAGAGACACGAGCAACUACAAUGGGCUCCCUUUCCAUGAAGUGCCUGCUCUUCACCUCGGCAGUCGCCGUUGUCCUUGCUCUUUUCCCCGUUGCCGCUGUCGGCGCCGGCCUGAAAGUCGGAUUCUAUAGCAAGAGCUGCCCAUCGGCAGAGAACCUGGUGCAGCAGGCGGUGGCUGCUGCCUUCAAGAACAACACCGGUGUCGCCGCUGGCCUCAUCCGGCUGCACUUCCACGACUGUUUUGUCAAGGGUUGCGACGGAUCAGUCCUGAUCGACUCGACAGCAAACAACACUGCCGAGAAAGACGCGCCCCCCAACAAGCCCAGCCUCCGCGGGUUCGAGGUGAUCGACGCGGCAAAGAAGGCCAUCGAGGCCAAAUGCCCCAAGACGGUCUCAUGCGCGGACAUCCUCGCCUUCGCCGCCCGUGACAGCGUCGCGCUAGCAGGAAACGUUACCUACAAGGUGCCCGCCGGGCGCCGCGACGGCAGGAUUUCCACCAACGCGAGCGCCCUCAGCAACCUACCCUCGCCGCUCUCGACGGCGGCCGAGCUGGUCGGCAACUUCACCCUCAAGAACCUCACGGCCGAGGACAUGGUCGUCCUCUCCGGCGCCCACACCAUUGGCGUCUCCCGCUGCUCGUCCUUCACAAACAGGCUAUAUGCCUUCAGCAACACCAGUCAGGUUGACCCUACGAUGAGCUCUGCCUACGCGUUCCUGCUGAAAAGCAUAUGCCCUGCCAACAGCAGCCAGUUCUUCCCAACCACGACGACUGAUAUGGACAUCAUCACCCCGACGGUGCUCGACAACAAGUAUUACGUGGGUCUGACGAACAACCUGGGCAUGUUCACGUCGGACCAGGCGUUGCUCACGAACUCGACUCUGAAGGCAUCGGUCGACGAGUUUGUCAAGAGCGAGAAGAGAUGGAAGAGCAAGUUUGUCAAGUCCAUGGUGAAGAUGGGGGACAUUGAGGUGCUGACAGGAACGCAAGGAGAGAUAAGGCUCAGCUGCAGGGUCAUAAACAAAGGGAGCGCUGGUCUUGAGAUCAAUAAUGGACCCGACUAUGGUGAAUUCGCUGAAAUCGCGACGAGCUAG